AUGGCGACCGACGCGCCGACGUCUUCAGUCGCACCGGUGAAUGCUGCGACCGCGCCCGCCGACGAACCAUCCGAAGCCUCCAACAAAAUUGACGGCGGCGAUGACUCGGAGUGGGAGUACGAGUACUCGACCACCGAGACCGAGACAUAUUACCUGACUGUCGACCUCUCCAUCCCACAGCUUCUUCGGCGCAAACGGAACAUGCCAGUGUCAGGACGAGGCGGAUAUCACUACAAACACUGGGCAGGCCCGACGACGAGGAAACCCAACGAACCGAAACACCAUCGCAUCAUGUCAGACGACGACCAGAACGACGACGAACCAGCCGACGAGCCCGAGGAUGACGAAGAGAUGGACCAGGGACAGGCCGAUCCAAAUACAGACAGCUAUGAUGCAGAUCUUGAAUCUGAACAAGCUGCCGAGAUCCAGAUCUUGGAUCUGCAUUCCGACAAGCCCAUGUUCGCGUAUAAGGGCAAGAUCUUUGAGGGACAAUGGACGCGAAAUCUCGGUACUGAAGUAAUAUUCGCUGAACACGAGCACGAGGACCCGAUUCCGGCUCUGCGACAUCUCCCCGGCGGUGUGGACAUGCUCGCGGCGAGCUGGUCGAGGAUCAACACGACAGAGAAGCGCCUAGAGCCAAGACACGAAGCGGCGGCGAAGGACGACCCCCUCAAGGACAUCAGGAGGAAGCAUGGAAUUCAUAUACCCAUUACAGCAGACAAGACGGGCGAGCGCAAACGCCAGACGAGGUUUUUGGAGAAUUUAAUGGCUCUCAAGGUCAAGAGAGGCGAAAAGGACGAGGUCACGGUGUAUGCCCACGCCGCGCCGAAGCCGACGGAUAUAGGUUCGAACAGCCGGAGGAAAAGACGGAAGCCAUUGCCGGAUGGACCAUCGAAACGUGCAAGCCGGGGCGGCAGCGUCCGCGGGAGAGGUGGCUCUUCCGCAUUAGGAACGGGUGGCUCUGAACGAAAUGAGCGACAAGGCAGCAGCGUUGCAGAGGCUGCGGCUGCGGCUUCGCGGGAUGGGGCGUUGUCAACGCCAACGCCGACGACAUGGGCGAACCUAGAUGGACAAGGCGGAGGCGCGGACAAAGGUUCGGGGCCGAAAGAUGAAGACGAGGCAAGCGACAACGACUAUGAAGACGACGACGAGGAUGGCGGAGAUUUGGAGUAG